AUGAGCUUCUUCGGGUUCGGACAAACCGCGGACAUCGAAAUUGUAUUCGACGAUGCUGACAAACGUAAAGUUGCCGAAGUUAAAACGGACGAUGGUAAAAAAGAGAAACUGUUGCUUUAUUACGAUGGUGAAACUGUGUCGGGUAGGGUUAAUGUGACGCUGCGGAAACCAGGGUCGAAAUUAGAGCACCAAGGUAUCAAAGUUGAGCUUAUCGGUCAGAUAGAGUUGUUUUACGACAGAGGAAAUCAUCACGAAUUUAUAUCGUUGGUCAAGGAACUCGCCCGUCCCGGAGAUCUAUUGCAGCACACCUCCUAUCCAUUCGAUUUCGCGAACGUUGAGAAACCCUACGAGGUGUACACAGGAGCCAAUGUCAGAUUAAGGUACUUUUUACGAGCCACAAUAGUAAGACGUCUAACAGACAUCACGAAAGAGGUGGACAUAGCCGUACAUACGUUAUGUAGCUAUCCCGAUGUACUGAACUCAAUAAAAAUGGAAGUAGGCAUCGAAGAUUGUUUACACAUAGAAUUCGAGUACAACAAAUCAAAAUAUCACCUCAAAGACGUUAUUGUAGGUAAAAUUUAUUUCCUUCUCGUACGAAUUAAGAUUAAACACAUGGAGAUAUCUAUUAUAAAGAAAGAAACCACAGGUUCUGGACCUAACACUUUCACGGAGAAUGACACGGUUGCUAAGUAUGAAAUAAUGGAUGGAGCGCCAGUUAGAGGGGAAAGUAUACCUAUUAGAGUAUUUCUGGCUGGCUACGACCUAACGCCUACUAUGAGAGACAUAAACAACAAAUUCUCUGUAAGAUACUUUCUAAAUCUGGUCCUAAUGGAUACCGAAGAUCGUCGUUAUUUCAAACAACAGGAAGUAACUUUGUGGCGGAAAAGUGACAAAUCACGACUUCCGCUACACAAUCCGCAUCAUCCUCAGAACUUGACGAAUUCACAGCACUACCAACAGGCUGUUUCUAACGAAGAGAGCUUGGCAAGAGGUAUUUCCCCAUCGAUGCCACCGGAAAGUGUAUUACAAAGAUCUGUCUCACCUCCAAUGCCUAAUAUUGAUAAACAUAACGGCCCCUCACAAAUGGAACAAGAAGAACCGGAUGUUUUACCGAACAAACUAUCAAGCACUCACAUUGAUAAUGAGCCCGACGAAAUUGAACAGGAGAAGACAAGUGAAAAGCCUAAAGCCGAAAAGCCACUAGAUAAACCACAACUCGAAGAAGUCCAGGAAGUGAAUAACGCAGAGCAUAUCAAAGAAAAACCACAAAGUGCUAGCAAACCGCAAGUUUCAAUAAAACCAACGGUUUCAGAAAAACCUGUUAAAAUUGCUAUUGCCGAACCGGAAAAAAUUGCUAUUGCCGAGAAACCUUUAUUGGCUGAAAAGCCAGUAUUAGAAAAGCCCGCUUUAGCUGAGAAGCCAGUGCUCACACAGACGGAAAAAAACAACUUCCAAGAGGUCCGCUGUGAUCGCGUCUUCGAGGCUAUGCGUCAGUGCUGUCUGAAACAUAAACCGGUGUCAUUAGUUUGUGAAGGUUACCGCUUGGAGCCAAGGGUUUUUGCCCCAGUUACUGAUCGACCAGCUAAGAAGGAGUAA